AUGCGCCGCGAACUUUCUCGCCGUAUCGGCCUGGCACUGGGAGUGUACUUCACGACAGCUGACAUUCAUGUAAUUCCCUUGAACGCGACGGACCCUAUCUUCACUUCCAGGUACUACAAAAGCUACAACCCCAACGACAACCCCACCAUCCACGACCUGCACAUCCUCAGGGUGCCACUGCAGCGGAUUGACCCUGCACUCCGGGAGGAUCCGAAGAAGCUUCUUGAAAGAUACUGUGGGGGAAUAUGGGCGGGAGCUGGGUUUGCUCCGCAACGAAUCCUCCGCAAAUGGCUGGAUAAGCCCGAUGCGAAUACCUACCAACUUUGGUCCCCUUGCGAGCUUCUACGGUCCGAUUACAGAGUAGGCACUGACAUCGUCGCGGAAUUCGAGGUCAUUGAUCGGUCAUCAAACUCAAUCCUCAUUCGUGGUGGAGAUAAAACCUGCAAUCGCGGCCUCCGUCCGCUGGACGCGUUAAUUGAGGUCGCCGCUCGAGUCGACAGGGAGAAUGAUGUUGUCGAGUUUGAAUUCAAGUCGCUCUUCUUUCAGGGCGUUGGACAGACAGACAGGCUUCCGAUGCCAGGGCCUGUGGUGUGGUUGCAUGAGCUUUACGCAAAGAUUUUGUUGAAGUCGGCUGCACAAUAUAUUCUCAAAUAA